CACAUGUACUAUUGUGUAGUUUUGGUUUUAAUAAUGAUCAACGACACACUUGCCUUUGGAGAUUUGGACACGAAUGUUUCUGCGCCGCUGCCUCCUCUCUCUCUCACUCACAACCAAAGUACUUUCCCUGCACUCCUGCUGGAGUACAAGUCUCUGGUCACUUCAGCCACAAUGUUCUCCGUGGGCGUCCUGGGGAACCUCAUUGCCAUAGUCGUGCUUUGCAUCUCCAAAAAAGAGCAGAAAGAGACUACUUUCUACACUCUGGUGUGCGGGAUGGCCAUCACCGACCUACUGGGAACAUGCUUCACCAGCCCGGUGGUGAUCGCCACAUAUGUGGCAAACCGCUGGCCCGGAGGAGUGCUGCUGUGCCACUUCUUCUCGUUCUCCAUGCUCUUCUUCGGCUCAGCCGGGAUGUCCAUCCUGUGCGCCAUGGCUGUGGAGCGAUACUUGGCCAUAAACCAUGCAUAUUUCUACUCCCAGCACAUAGACCGGACUAUGGCGCGCUUUGCACUCAUGGCCACCUACCUGGCUAACAUUGUGCUGUGCAUUAUGCCCAGCUUUGGCUUCGGGCGGCACGUCAGGCACUUUCCUGGAACAUGGUGCUUUCUAGACUGGAGGGCGAUGGACUCACUCGGAGCAUGCUACUCUUUUCUGUACGGCGGAGUGAUGGUGGUGCUGAUCGCAGUGACGGUUUUGUGUAAUUUGGCCGUGUGCAAAUCGCUGGUGGGGAUGAACCAGAGGACCUCUUGUGAGCAGAGGGGGUCACGCCGUCGCUUCCCCGGGCUGCCGUCGGUCACCUCGGCUGCGGAGAUCCAGAUGUUCUGGCUGCUGAUCUUCAUGACCAUCGUGUUCCUAGUCUGCUCUAUCCCUUUAGUGGUGCGGAUCUUCGUAAACCAGCUUUACGACCCUGCCUACAUCUCUGCUGGGGGGGAGCCCGACUACCCGAGCGACAUGCUGGCGAUCCGCUUCGCCUCAUUCAACCCCAUAUUAGACCCCUGGGUGUACAUUUUGUGCAGGAAAAACCUGCUGCUGAAGGGCUGCGAAAAGCUAAAGGGGACAGUGUCCCACAUUAAGGACACUCGUGGUGACAACACUGGCUGGGUGGGAGGUCAACACUCCCCUCCGUCUCUAAACAGCGAUGAUACCAGUUACGCGUCAUUACGCACAGCCAGCAUCAGGAACGAUGUGGAACCACGUGUGUCCAUCCAUCAUAAAUCUUUCACAGACUUCGCCAUGAGGCAAGCGUGGGAGUACGAUACAGCCCAGGUCAACUUUCACCCGUUCAGCGUGGAGAGCACAGCGAUCCACGGGUGUGAUGAGGAAGAAACAGCCGGUUCCAAACAGGAAGUGGAGGCGAAGGAGUCUCCAAGAGACAGCGCGACUCCGCCCCUUUCUGCGCACUUGAGAAAGGUGGACAUUGUCACCUGCACGUUUAGUACAUCGAGUUCGUGCCAGUCAGCGAAAUGCCUUUGAUGAAAACUUGGUCAUUCAACUGUCAACACCAGUUUAAUGUUCCUAUGUGGGUAGGUGCUUCAUCUGCCUAGCAAACUGGUUCAUUGGAUUAAAAUGUGAGAAAAAACAUGUUUCCAGUGAAAAACUCCACACUAUGAGAUCUGUUCUGAUGGUUUUAACCACCAAAGAGCCAUAUGCCCAAAAUAAUUAAACACUUGAAACAACACUUUGAUAAUUACUGUGACUGAAAUUAUCUCAAGCACUCGAACAAACGACUCUCUUAUUAUUCAUUCUGCCGCACAAAGCUCUCUAAAAUUGUAGUUCUGGGCUUUAUUUAAAGGUUAAGUGAUCACUCAGGAUCUAACAAAAGUGCAAUAUUUGAUGUGCAUUUACAUCUUCUUCAUGUCAACUAAAACAUGUCUUCAGUCAGGAAAAAAAUAAUUCUAUGUGUGGACCAACUUGGUCAUUCUGAUUCUGAAAAGGUCCAGAAAAACACACUGCCCUAACCUACCACAGCUUGACACAGUUGGUCCAAAGUGAAACAAGGGGAAUAUUUUAGGGGCAAGUUGUCACAGGUGGGAAUUGUAUUUGGGCUUGCUAUGGAUGCUUACUAUUUUAAUUUAACAUUUAGUGACAUCUUUAGUAGAAAAAAAUAUUCACAAUUUUACAAAGUCUGCUAAAAGUAUACUGCCAAUAGUUGCAAUUUCCAAAUAUGGAAAUUUAAACAAUCUAUAAUUAUACCCUAUGGGUACAAAUGUUCUCACACUCUAAGAGUUUGAUACAAUAUUAAUCAUUAUGUGCCAUUUGCAAUAUAUGUUUAUUGAUUAUUUAUUGUUGUUACACUUGAUUUUACUAUGUUGUAUCGAAAUGCUGCUAAUUUACUCUGUGCCUGUGUUGCAUGAUGAAGAGAAAAUUCAAUGUAGACAUUUUCAAUCUUGUUUUAUAUUGCACAAAAUGUUUUGAUAACGGCAGGUGUUAACAUGUCAUCUUGUGAGCUGUACGACCUGUGGUGUUUGCUGGAUGUGUUGGUGGGUCUG